AUGCCAUCUAAGAACUCCAUCAACAGACCUAAACUGACUCCAAACGUGCACCAUAAGGUGCACUCUUUAAAUAAGAAAAGGGCUCAAAGAGAAAGAGCAGGUCUCUUGAAACCAGCUAGAUCUAGCGCCAAUUCCAAAUCUGGGGAAAUUAAAUCUGUAGCUUUGGAUCUAUAUUUCGAAAACAAGAAGAGCGAAAGCCAGGGUUCUACUGCUGUCACGUUACCAAACACAGCAUCACCCCCAGCUUCCAUCACUACUAGAACGCUUUCCAAAAAAAGAGCUAAAAAGAUCGAGAGAAAUUUGAAGUAUGCUGCCCAAAGAAAGCUAUUGGUGGACGCAAGCGCCAAACUAGAAGACGGAAUGGAUAUUGACCUAGACAGCUCUAAGAAGGUGAAAGAAAAUGGAAAGAAGAGCUCCUUGACCUUGGUGAAGGAAGCUUUGUGGAGUGUUAUUGACGAUGCUGCGUCCCACGGUUUGAUCAUCGAAAACGGACAAGGCACCACUUUGGGCGGUCCAGUCUUCCCAUGA